AUGUUGACCCGCAGCGGUAGAGAGACAAAUGUCGAAGAGUUCUUGGAGAACAAUAAUUACGCCAUUAAACUCUACUGGGGACGAUACAGGGAAGACUGUGCCAGUCCAAUUUCGAAGCGACGAUCGAAGAGUUUGAAGAAGAAGAGCCGCAAGUCUCAAAAUGCUCACACCCUCUUUGGUUCCUUCAACAUCCAAGUCUUUGGCAAAGAAAAGAUGAAGAAAGAACCUGUCAAGGAAAUUCUAGUGAAGAUUUUGACGCGCUACGAUGUUUUUACGAUACAGGAGAUUCGGGAUGCAAGCGGGGAGGCCUUCCCUGAGCUGAUUUCUGCACUGAACGAGGAAGAGGACAAGUAUGACUAUCACGUGGGGACGACAAUUUCAAAGGAGCAAUUCGGAUUCGGCUGGGACCGUAACAAAUUCAAAUUAAUCGACUCGUUUGAUUUCGAAGACGAAGAUAAUCUCUUUGAGGGAGCGUUCGCGAAAAUAAUUUUCCACCAGGAUAUGACUACGGAGGACGAAAUCGACAACCUGAAACUUGUGUUUGAAAUGGCACGCGACCGUCACCCGGAGGUGAAGGACUGCAUCAUUGCGGGCGACAUGAACGCGGAUUUACAUUAUGUUAAAGACCCGGAAGCUUUGCAGCUCUACAAGGACCCCAAGGCAAAAUCGGCAAAGCCAUGGAGAGUCUUCCACGCAGAAAAGCAGAAAUCAAAGCGCACGACACUUUCGGCCGCUGAAAACAACAGAAUCCUUCGCCAGCAAAAGAAGGCAUUCGAAGAAGACAAGGCCGACGACAAAGUUCUAAUUCUUGAUUGGUGGGGUGGAAACCCAACUCGUCAGCGCAUCACAAAACACGAGUGUCCGGAAUCAACCUGUUACGUUACCAACGACCGUAGUUACGAAAAAGAAGCAGAAGGCAUUCUCAUCGACAACACCAGAUUCAUCCAGCAUCAUGGAGAGGAUCAUCCAGAAUUGGAGAACAGAAAUCAGGAUCAGUACUGGAUCUUCUGGGCGAGAGAGGCAGCUUCAAAGGGUGUCAAUGCCGGUGGACGGCUUAUGCAAGGAAUGUUUAUGCAUUUUUUGAUAGAAAAUAGUCUAGUUGAAGCUCAAGUACCGUAA